AUGUACAAAGCCCUGGCGAGCUGUGCCAUUGUCGGGCUGAUUUGUGCUGGCCUCGUCAUAGCUGGUAUUCUGCCCAUUUUCAAGAUAGAAGCAGAGAUAGGAGGUGACAUGGUUACAUCGUACAUCAGCAUUUGGUGUACCAUCGGCAGUCUCGUGGCAUUGCUAUUGUCCCUCACGUUGUCUCAUGAUCUUCUUCUAUGUCUCGGCCGUCAGGGUCCUGAUGUGUUCCUCGACAAAGUUUGCGUAGACCAAUUCAAUGAUCAGAAGAAGUGGGAAGGCAUUCACGCCCUGACAUCCUACAUUUGGCAUGCAGACGAGCUUGUUGUGGUUCUUUCGGAGAAGUACUUGGACAGGAUUUGGACAGUCUUUGAGCUCAUAUCUUUUCUCAUCCUGAAGCCUUGUGGAAAGAUCAGUGUGCUCCCUGUGGAGCUUGCAACUUUCAUCAUUGUCUCAGCAUGCUGCCAAAGCUUUCGCAUCCUUGGCGAGCUGGUAAACUCUUACUUUGCUCCAGUAGUUCAUGCUGAAAACAGGACCAUCGUUUGGAUUCUUGGAGGCAGCCUCUUUUUACUGUUUUGCAGUUGUUUGAUUGUGCCCAUGCGUCGCUGGGGCCGUGUGCGAUCGCAACUCUCCAAGCAAAUGGAGACCUUCACCUUUGCGUCAUCGAGUUGCCAGCAUCAAGCUGACCGAGAAGAAAUUUUGAGUGCUCUUGUUGCCUUGGCAGUUGACCAUAAGAUUGUGGGGGAGUUCGCAACUACUGAAGAGGUUUGCAAGGUUUUGGAAACGCGAGCGAGAGAAGUUAUCCCGCAGAGGAUGCACGAUGCGAUUUCCUUUGGUGGUCUUCCAGCUCGAAGUCUGUUGAUCAUCUUCAUGCCGCUCAUUGCCAGCGAACUUGAUCCGAUCGCAGCAGAGCUUUCAGUGGGUGACAUGGAUUCUGACCAGGUGUUGCUUCACCUCCUCGAAUCGCUUUUGGUCGCUUUCUCAUAUCCUUGGUUCCUUGCUUUGCUUGGCUGCAUGACAUUUUUUCCACCGCGGAAAUGUUGGUUUGAAGCUCUGAUUCUGAUUCUCGGUGGACUCUUGAUGGGCGGAUACCUUUUCGCUGGGCGUGUGAUUCGGAAUCUGCAUCAUAUGUUUCAACCAUCUGCAGCCUACCUGGCAGUGGUGUCCGUGCUACUCGCACUUGAAGUGGUCUUCUUUGCCUGCAUUUUUUGGCCGGUCAUUGGCGACCAAGUGGGCCGAAGCUUGGUGGAUCGCAUUUUCACUUUGGUUGGUCAGCCUCGUGGCUGCUCCGAAGGCGGCGGGUUCCUGCCAGUGGUCAAGCUUCGAAGCGUUUGUCUGUCGGCAGAUGCAGAUAAAGAGGUUUCGAGUCUUCAUGAAGUGGACUUAGAACUCCGCAAGGUGGUGAAGGAGCUGGUGGAGUCUGCUGGCAAAAAGGCGGCCGUAGAACUUGGCAAAGUCCUGGCAGGAAAGCGAAAGGAGCUGAUGACCUCAUUGCGCCGCUUUCAAUCCGACCCAUUUGGCAGCGAUGGCGACUUGAGCAGUGCCUGUGCGUGUGCCAGACAGGAGUUGCGAGAGGUUGCGGCAGCCUGGCUAAACAACCCUGCGCCUGCUGGCUAG